ACUCUUUACACCAACACAACAGAUACUCUGCUUCUGCAUUUCAUCUCCUUCCAUUUCUCCCAAUCUCUCUCUCUCUCUCUCCCUAGAAUGACAAUGCAAUGUUUCUCUCUCUAGAUCAGAAAUCUCAUCUUCUGAGUUUCACUAUUUUACCCUUCACACUGUAAGUAGCAAGAAUUUCACAGCUUUGCUUUGCUACUAUAUCAAAAUCAAUUCUUGAUAAAUAUGGGUUGUUUCACCACCUGUUUCGGCACUUGCAAGCGGGUUCGAAGACGUCGCCGAAGAAGUGCCGUCAACAACAAGCCCUCCCUUCUUGAUCAUCUUCAGAAAUAUGAAUCUGUUGAUGGGUUUCAAGUGCCUAAUUUGAAUGAAGAACAAGAAGAAGAAAAGGAAAUGGGUGAAAAUCAAGUUGAACUUACACCUGAUUCAAAUGAUGAGAAAAGAGAAAAAGUGAAUUCAAGUGAAAGAAAGAAGGUAAGAUUUGAUUUGAAUGUGAAAUUCUAUGAAGAUAUACCUACAUUUGAGGAAGAAGUGACUGGCAAAUUAGAGGAGAACAAUGAAGAAGAGAGAGAGAAGAAAGCACAAAAUAAAACUCAGUAUAAUUCAGAUUCAAGCUCAUCAAGCUUAUUCUCUUUCCCAACAAAUCAUAGAUACAGAAAUUGCAGGGAUAGUGAUGAUGAAUUUGAUGAACUAUUAUUGUCUGAUGAAAGUGGCAUGGAUGAUGAUGAUUAUGAUGAUGAAUAUGAUGAUGAUGAUGAUGAUGAUGGUGAUGAUGAUGAAGUGGAGAGUGAGGUUAAAAAUGAUAAACCUGUGAAGUUUGAAGAUCAAUCAUCAGAAUCAUUGUUUUCACUUUCCUUAGACUCUAGGAAGAAGGGUUUCAAAGCAGAAACAGGGGAUAAAGAGGUAAAUAGUCCAAUGCCCAUCAAGAAUUCAUCUGCAAAUGAGUUGGAUUCGGAGGAAUUUGAUCGAAAUUCGCGCAAAUACGUCGAUUCUGUAUUGAAUCCAGUUGAGAAUCUUACCCAAUGGAAGUUUGUUAAGGCAAGAUCAAAGCUUGCAUCCAAGGAUCAUCAAGCAAAGGAGAAUGUGAUUUCAGGUCAAGAUUUAAGUUUUCCUGUUAAGAAGGAACCAAUUUUGGAGAAAGAUUUGGGAGUUGAUACAAGUCUUUCUAAUUGGUUGGUGAGCUCAGAAGGAACUGGCAAGUAUAAUAGCAGAAGCAGCUCAGUUUCAGUGGGAAAUUCACCUUCUGACAGUAAAAAAAUGUCACCAAAUAAAUUUGAGGAUAGACCUAUUCUAGGAGCUUUGACAGUUGAGGAAAUAAGGCAGAUUUCAGCUUCUUCUUCACCGAGGAAAUCGCCGAGCAAGAGUCCUGAAGAUGUGCCUAUCAUUGGCAGUGUUGGGAGUUACUGGAGUCAUACAGGACAGACUCCUGAAUCAGACUCAAGCACUAGAAGUACCAGAAGCAGAUUUAGAGAGAGUGCUGAAGUAAUUUGGGAUCCAACACCAUUUGAAACAAAGCUGGAGAAAGCACUUGAAAAGGAAGGAAAUGCUCAACAUGUUUUAGCAAUGUGAAGGAGAGGCUGUAUGACAAGAUUUGUACACUUGAACCAAAGACAAAAACAAAAAUAUAAUAAAUUUCUUUUAUUCUUUCAUUUUUUGCCCUAUUGAUGUGGCCAUAUGUGAAUAGGGUUGUGAGUGUGUGACCUUGUAUCUACAUUGUUUGGAAUCUUUGAAGUGCAAUGAACAUCAUGUUGCUUUAUCUAUACAA